AUGCUCUCUCUCGGCCGAUCUUGCAGGGCUCUCAAGGACAUCUGCAAUCCUCUCAUCUAUGCCAAUAUCACAAUAGAGUGGGGUGGGGAGCUGGACGAAACACAUUGGAACGUCCCCCCUCAGCUGCGCCCGCUGGUCAAACACCUGGCCCUCCAACUGCGGUGCCGUCGCGGGCGACAGUGGAUGGCUGAUGACUCGGACGAAGAAAUCUUCGAGUGGCACUGCGAACCUCUGCCGCCUCCGUGCUUCGGCGAGAUCCUCGCAAGUAUGCAUCAGCUGAGCCAGAUCACGCUCGAUAUCGAUCCACCUGCAGGCCACUGUCACCCAUGGGCGCUGGCCCAACUGCUGGUCUCGACACCGACGCUGCGCGGGCUCUCUGUGCGUGGCCUGGAAAUUGCGCCGAAAGACAGUUGUGCGCUCGAGUGCGCCGUCCCGGCGUUGACGUCGCUCACAUAUCUCGUCGGCGAAACAGGGCGACCAGUCAGGGACAGCGCUCGGAAUCUGCAGAUUCUAUCGUCGCUGCUCGAGGCCACCCACAACUCCGUCGAGUCCCUCCACCUCUCCGCCCCACUCGUGCCGUGGUCUCGGGUGCACGAGCUCGAGUGGCCGCGUCUCCGGGCGCUCACCGUCUCGGGCAUGGUCCGGCUAGAGGUCGAGUCGUACGCGUCGAUUCUGCCCCAGUUCGCCCCUCGCCUCGACCGCCUCUCCCUCGAGCUCUCGCUCGCCUCCAUGUCGACGACCCCCCUCGGCGGCGGGACCACCGCGUUCCCAUGGCCUGCACUCCGCCACCUCGCCCUCCCGCUCCCGCUCCCGGAGGACGACCCGGCGUACGCCCGCCUGCCGUCCACGCUCGAGAUGCUCUCCCUCCUCUGCUACCCUCGGCACUGCGCCACGACCGCCGACACCGGACUCCCCCGCCGCCGCGACUUCCCCCUGCCCGCGUCGACGGGGGCCAUGGCCGCCAUCCUGCGCCGCUGCGCCGCGUCCCCCGGCCUGCGCCUUACGCAGCUCUCGGUCGAGUACGUCGCGGACGCGAACGACGACAACGACGCGGUGCUCGCGCUCGUCUCGGAUGCGUUCCCGCGUCUCGAGGAGCUCUCGCUGUUCCGCUACCGCCUCGACGGCGCGUACGAGGCGCCCGAAGCCACCGCGGCAGCGGUGUGUGCCGCGCUGGCGCCGCUCACGCGUCUGCGCGUCGUGCGCACCCCGCUCGACUCCUCGUUCUGGCCGGAGGGGGACGGCGACGGGUUCGGGCGCGAGACGAUGCAGCGGGUCGCGCUUGCCGCUGCGCGCGAACUCACGGGGGCGCCGCUGGAAGAAAUCUGGCUGUGGACGCCGAGCGCGGGCUCAGUGUGCGAGCAGGGCGAGUGGAAGGUGUUCCAGGUGCUUCCCGGGCUGGGCGGGGGGCCGAGAGAGAGGGAGUCGGUGGACGUGCAUCGGCGACGGUGGGCGGUGAAGGUGCCCCAGUUUUUGUUUGGAUAG